UCUUCUUUGCUCUUUUCACCGAGAGGGUCAAGAUCAUUCGGUCAAAGUUUUGUCUCGUCUUUUCAAGAAACCAGUUUGAACCAUCGCAGCAAAUGCUGACAGGAAACUUCGUCAAGUAUCCUAUUUGGUGAUCGUAUCUUCCUGCCCGAUGGCUGCUUUAUAAAUAGUUGUUCCGUAUUUAUCGUGAAUCACACGCGUCCUGAAAAACAGACAAACACAAGUAUGAAAAGGAAACGGUAAAUCGUGGUGUAAAUAAGUUGGUCGCCAAAGUUGAUCCGCGUUUAUGAGAAACUUCGAAAGAAGAAGAAGAAGAAGAAUGACAACAAAACGGAAUGCUUCAUGUGAAAGUUCAGUUAGUGUCUCUUCCCAAAGAACAUCGAGAACAUUAAACAUCUGGUUUGUCCAGCAGAGCCUUUGCGGGAUUGGUUACUGAAGUUUAUGUGGAGGAAAAGAUGGCGUACUACGGCUUUGGAGAGGACCAGAACAUUCCAGCUGACGACAUUCUAGAGGAGAGUUUGAACGCGCUCGACAUUGGCGAGCACUUGGAAAUUCUAGAUGACAUGUCCGAGGGAGAGUUCGAGUCCAUCUGUGGUGCAACAGGAACAACAGAAGACAUUUUAGGCGCGCCAUACUACGACAUAGGGAACUAUUCAGGAUAUCCAGGACCUUCUUCUCAUCACCCAGUCUUCCCCGACUAUGAAGCUAGAGGACAACUCAGAUACGACGACAGUGCACAAGCUAACCGUAUGUUGCCAUCGGAUGCAAGCGGCAAAGUUUCGAGAUCACCGUUACCAGGGUGGUAUGGAAGAGGCAAGGAAAUGCUGCUGAGUCCAGGAUGGCCCAGCCACGGGGAGGACUCGAGAGAACCAGAAUCCCAGUUGCACAGUAACGACAGUGGCUCGACAGCACUGGAAUCUGAGCUGGAACAAAGGGCAUCUCGCUGUUUCCGUCCAAGAAGGGAAGCCUCUGCGCUUAGUACAGGUGGAGCAGGCGCUGCAGGUAACGACGACGGAAACAGUAGCUCGUUGGCGCCAGGGGGAGGACCCUUGGGGGGAGACCUGCUGACCAAAAUAGAAACCAGGAGGGGAAACCGAGCUCGUUGGCCUAAAACCUGGGAGUUCCUAGUGCGACUGGUUAUCAGCAGUGAGACUAAUCCGUCCUUAGUCUGCUGGGAAGACGAAGCAAACUACACCUUCCGUAUCAACAACCCAUCGGAAGUUGCUCGAAGGUGGGGGGCACGAAGUGGCAAGCAAGUUAGCUAUGAUCACUUCGCCAGGGGACUCAGGUACCAUUAUGGAAAAGGAGGUCUCAGAGAAGUGCGGGAACACAAACUGGUUUAUGGCUUCGGACCAAAGGCCAUUGAUUACUUGACGAAAAUGAAGACACUCGCAGGAAUGGACAACUCCUAAUGGAGAUGGUUGUUCGUUUCAAUUCGGCUUGCUCAUCCUUUUACCGAUUUGGAAAGGCAGAGAGGA